UCCAACCAGAUCAAACCCCAACUCUGAUUGGCCGAUUUAGUUGCACACAACAUUUCCAUCAUCUUCUUCCCUAAGGAACUCAUGAAUCCGACAAAUUGGUGACGGAAGCAACACCAACUAUUCACAUUACACUUUCCUUAAUCAAGCUGUCACGUGAAAAUACGUUGAACCAUAGCUCAUGCCUCGUAUAGCAUCCGCCGUCUCUCUUCCAUAUAUCUAGUAUGAGGGCCAUGGCUCUACUUCCAAGCUGUGAAGCCUACAUGGACUCGAGACAGCCUGAGACGUUCAAAAGCUUCUUCGACUGCUGGCUCGUGGAGCAAAACCGGCAUCUCCAGGAGCUGGUUGCUGCUACGCAGCAGCCGAGCAGUGUGGACGAGCAGAGCCUGCGUCUGCUCGUCCGGAGGGUGAUGGAGCAUUACGAGCAUUAUUACAAGGCCAAGGACAAGUGGGGUAAGCAGGAUGUGUUGGCCAUGUUAUCACCUUCAUGGACCAGCAGGUUCGAGGAUGCCUUUCUUUGGAUCGGGGGAUGGAGGCCCAGCAUGGCUUUUCACUUGCUCUACUCGAAAUCAGGGAUCCAGCUCGAGGACCAACUCGACGAGCUGAUUCGUGGGUUGGGAAGGGGAGAUCUGGGUGAUCUCUCGCCAACACAGAUGUGGAGAGUCAAUGAGCUGCAGGGGAAGACCAUUAGGGAGGAAAAAGAGAUAAGCGAAAAGAUGGCGAAGCAUCAAGAGACGGUGGCGGACUCGUCGAUGGUCGAGCUAUCGAAUAUGGCAUCGGAAAUGAUGAGGAGAGGGGAUGAAGUUGAGAAGGAGAAAGUCGAGUCGGCCAUGGAGUCGAAGGAGGAAGGAAUGAAGGAAAUAUUACAGAGGGCGGAUGAGCUUAGGCUGGCAACACUUAAAGCUGUGAUUGAAAUAUUGAGCCCAAAGCAGGCUGUGUAUUUUCUGAUAGCAGCUGCAGAGCUACAUCUCAGGAUUCAUGAAUGGGGCAAGCAGAGAGACGACAAGUAUCGUCGUCAUAACCGUGUCUAUUGCACCGGUUAAACGACAUCGGACAUUUUGAUUCCAUGAUACGAUAAUAGCUGUAUCGGUACUUACCUUACAAUAACUAUAUUCAUCAAUGAAUUAUUCAGCCAAAUU